ACAUUUCUCUCAUUUUGGGACAUCAACUUCAAAAAUAUCAGCUUCAUAUACUUGUAGUAGCUAACAAGACCAGCAAGAGAAUGAUUCUUGGAAAUCUGGCGACUUCAGUCGGCAAUGUUGUUGGCGACAUUACCGGCCUGAAUAAACCCAGCAAGAAUACAAUCACAGGCAGUGUUGUUAUAGUUAAGAAGAAUGUUUUGGACUUCACCGCCGUGCAUUCAACUGUAGCUGAUAGCCUCUUUGAAUUGCUCGGCAAUCAAGUCAGUCUCCAGCUCGUCAGUGCUGAAAAUCCCGACCCUGCAAAUGACAAUGGCGGAAAGCUGGGGAAGUUAGCGACAUUGGAAUACUGGAACCUGACAUAUACUCCGUUAUUGGCUGGUGAUGAUUCCUUGUACAAGGUUUCAUUUGAGUGGGAUGAGGAAUUUGGAAUCCCUGGAGCUAUCAUCCUACGAAAUAAUCAUACGGCUGAGUUUUUCUUAAAAACAAUUACUCUUGAAAAUGUUCCUGGCGAAGGUCGGAUCCACUUCGUUUGUAAUUCCUGGGUUUAUCCUGGUAGAAGAUAUAAAAAACCACGAAUCUUCUUCUCAAACAAGACAUACCUUCCACAUGAGACACCAGCAGCGUUGCGUAAAUACAGAGAAGAAGAGUUACAGGUCUUGAGGGGAGAUGGGACUGGACAGUUGAAAACAGGAGAUCGUGUUUAUGACUAUGCUUUGUACAAUGAUUUGGGUGAUCCCGAUAACGGUGCAGAUCUCGCUCGUCCGGUUCUUGGAGGUUCGGCUCAGUAUCCUUAUCCUCGGAGAGGUAGAACCAGCAGACCACCUUCCAAAACAGAUCCAAAGACAGAGAGCAGGCUUUUCCUACCAAAUAUUCUUAACAUUUACGUCCCACGAGAUGAGCAGUUUGCUCACUUGAAGCUGUCGGACUUCAUUGCUUAUAAUCUGAAAGGCUUAGUUAAUCAAAUCAUACCAUUACUGGAAGCUUUUGUUAACUAUACUCCUAAUGAGUUCGACUCAUUUAAAGACGUGGACAAUCUCUUCUUCAGUGGACUCCCACUUCCUACUGAUCUUAUCAAUCAAGUUGCUAACAACAUCCCUUUAGAGAUGAUGGGGGAGUUUUUCCGAUCUGAUGGCCAGCAACUCUUAAAAUUUCCUGUGCCUAAACUGAUUGAAGAUCGGAGUAAUCCCUUUGCAUGGAGGACUGAUGAGGAAUUUGGCAGAGAAAUGCUUGCAGGAUUGAACCCUCUUCUUAUUCAGCUCCUCAAAGAAUUCCCUCCAGUGAGCAACUUAGAUCCUCGAGUGUACGUUAAUCAAAAUAGUUCAAUAACCAAACAAGACAUUGAGUAUAACUUAGAUGGACUUACUGUUGAAGAGGCACUCAGUAGCAAAAGGCUAUUUAUAUUGGAUCAUCACGAUACAAUUAUGCCUUACCUUCAGACGAUAAACGAGUAUACAGAAGCAAAGACAUAUGCAUCUAGGACCAUUCUGUUCUUGAGAGGGGAUGGUACAUUGAAGCCUGUGGCCAUUGAGUUGAGCUUGCCAAAAAUGGAAGAAGAUAAAAUAGGAUGUGUUAACAAAGUAUACACUCCAGCUGAACAUGGAGUUGAGGGUUGGAUUUGGAUGCUUGCUAAAGCUUUUGUAAAUGUGAAUGAUUCUGGUCACCAUCAGCUAGUGAGCCACUGGUUGAACACUCAUGCAGUGUUAGAGCCUUUCGUGAUUGCAACAAACAGACAGCUGAGUGUGGUUCAUCCAAUUUAUAAGCUUCUCCAUCCUCACUUCCGUGACACCAUGACUAUUAAUGCAUUGGCUAGAGAGUUGCUCAUUAAUGCUAAUGGAAUUAUAGAGAGGACAUUUUGCCCUGGAAAAUACUCUCUAGAGAUGUCCUCUGUGAUUUACAAGAGUUGGAAUUUCAUGGACCAGGCUCUUCCCAAUGAUCUCAAGAAAAGAGGGAUCGCAGAUGGUGAUAUAAAAUCUCUGGACGACCUUGACCGGUUACUGAUAAAAGACUACCCAUAUGCUGUUGAUGGGUUGAAGAUCUGGUUUGCUAUUGAAAAUUGGGUCAGAGAUUACUGCUCAUUCUACUACAAGACCGAUGAAAUGGUUCAACGGGACCCUGAACUUCAAGCCUGGUGGAAGGAACUCCGAGAGGUAGGUCAUGGUGACAAGAAAGACGAGCCAUGGUGGCCUAAAAUGCAAAACCUUGAAGACCUGAUACAAUCUUGCACCAUUAUCAUAUGGAUCGCUUCUGCACUCCAUGCAGCUGUCAACUACGGACAAUACGCCUUCGGAGGCUACUUCCCCAACCGCCCAACACUAAGCCGAAGGUUCAUGCCUGAGAAAGGCACCCCUGAGUAUGCAGAGCUUGAAAAGAACCCUGAGAAGGUUUUCUUUAGAACCAUGUCUUCGCAGCUACAGUCCCUGACUGUCAUUACGGUGGUCGAAACGCUGUCAAACCACGCAUCGGAUGAAGUGUAUCUUGGACAGCGAACACCCAACUGGACCACUGAUGCAGUUCCGCUACAAGCUUCGGAUGCUUUCAAUAGGAGACUUGCUGAAAUCGAAGGGGAAAUCUUAAAGAUGAACAUCGACAAGAAACUGAAGAACCGGAUCGGUCCCGUUAAUGUUCCUUAUAAUUUGCUCCAUCCCACCGGUGAAAUUGGAAUUUCUGGUAAGGGAAUUCCAAAUAGCAUCUCAAUAUAAUUUAAGUAAAAGAUGAAUAAGGAAUAAUUUGCAUGAAAUAAAUGUUGGUGCAGCACAUCAAAAGUAUUGUUGUCCAUACUUUUGUGUAAUUUUCUCGAAUGAUAGUGUUAUUCCAAGUUUGAUGUAAUUGUGCAAUGUUAUUUAUUAUGAAUAAAUUCAAAAUUAUCAUGAUGGGGUUGGUUGAAAA